CUCCUCCUCAUCAUCAUCAUCAUCCGAGACCUGCUCCUGACAAGAUACACGCCGCUCGGUUUUAUGGACGCGACGCGACCGGCUCGGUGAAUGAACGCGGCUGACGCGACGCGCGUCGCUGUCCGCGGUGCUGAAACAUGUGUGUCUGGAGGUCGGGCAGCUGCGAAGGCCCAUGCGGAGGCUCGCAGCGCUGAGUGACGCACUGGUUCCCCAGCAUGGGCAGUGUAGGCAGCGGAGUGGCUGGUGAGCAGGAGUUUGCCAUGAAGAGCGUGGGCACUCGCACCACUCUCCCUCGUGGCCCUCCUCUGUCCCGUCUCCACGCACCUCCCUCCGCCUCGGACGGCCCCAGCGACAGCACAGCCACGGAUCGAGGCCAACUCAACAUCGCCUCGUCUCGGCCCAGCCACCGGGACAAGGCCGCACACAGAACCGGAGGAGUGUCUCUGGAUGCUUGCGGUAACGUGGUGGGUCACGGCGCGGAGAAGAACCACGAGGUAAAGGGCAGAGACGGGAACAACAGCAAGAGAGACAGUCGCACGCCACCCAAGAUCCUCACUGUGUCCGGCAAACUCGAGCAGGUGAUCCACAUGCGGCGUAACCUGGACCAGAGCGAGGCGGCCAUCGUGCAGGUGUUCGAGGAGAAGCAUUGCGUCUGGGAGCGAGACAUGGAGGAGCUGAGGCAGAACUACGCCGGCCGUCUGCAGCAGGUGACCCACCGAGCCCAGCGCACACAGCAGGCCCUGCAGACCCACAUCGCCCGUCUGCAGCAGGACAAGGGCCGGCUCCAGGAGGAGAUCAGCGCUCUGCUCGCACAGAGAGAGGAGCUGGAGCACAAGUGUCUGGAUUACCGCAAGGAGCAGGCGGAUAUACUGCCUCGCCUGGAGGAGACCAAGUGGGAGCUGUGUCAGAAAGCGGGCGAGAUCUCUCUGCUGAAGCAGCAGCUGCGGGAGAGUCAGAACGAGGUUACGCAGCGUGCCGGAGAGAUGGUGGCCCUCAGGGGUCAGCUGAAGGAGCUCAAGGGCCAGAUGAAGGAGCGCGAGGAGACCGUGAUCGGCCUGAAGGACUCGUACACCAGCAAGAGCCGCGAGCUGGAGAGAUGUGAAGGAGAACUGAAGAGAACGCUGACAGAGGUGUCGAUGUUGCGUGACAAGCUGGUGGUGUUCGAGGCCGAGGUUCUGGGUCUCAAGCGGGCUCUGAGCGAGCUGAGCUGCAGGAGCGAUCACGCCGUGUGUCUGAGGGACAUCAGUGGCAGCAGCAGCUUACCGUGGGCCGGCCUGCACACGCCCCGCUCGCCCGAAGCCCUGCCCAUCGACAGCUUCCUCAGCCUGCAGAGCGACGAGGCCAAAGCGCAGCGGCAGGAGGCGGGAGAGCUGCGGCGGCAGCUGGAGAGACUGCAGGGCGAGCUGCACCUGGAGCGGCAGCAGAGAGAGAGGCAGGGGCUCACCCUCGCUCAGGAGCGACACACCUGGCAGGGAGAAAAGGAGCGAGUGCUGAAGUACCAGGCGCAGCUGCAACUCAGCUACGUGGAGACGCUGCAGAGGAACCAGGCGCUGGAGGAGCGGGUCGGCCAGCUCGGAGCCAAACUGGGCACCUCGCCCGGAUCACCCGUCAGCCUCUCCAUCCCCGUUCUGGGCGAGAAAGAGCAUGUGCUGAAGUAUCAGGCGCUGGAGGAGCGGGUCGGAGCUAAACUGGGCCCCAGGCCCGGAUCGCCCGUCGGUCUCUCCGUCCCUGUUCCGCUGACCGCCGAUGAUCCCAAACCGAUCCUGCAUCAGCUGGCGCCUCCGUGGCCCGGACCUACUCGCCUGGAGCGGAUCGAGUCCACGGAGAUUUAGACACGAGACAAUCGACGCGAGACUGUUCUGUGUGAAGACUAAAGAGGGCCGAGAUCAGCCUGUGUUACUGCAACACAUGAAAGAAUUACGCAGUUGGGAAUUAAAAGUGAUGCACAUUUCUCCAGCUUUUAAUCUUCUGAGAUCUCUUUUGGUUAUCAGUGAUAUGGAGGGGAAAUGUUUCAGUAGUCUGUGUGGGCCGUAUGGGACCGGUCAAAAGCUUUGGAAUAAUUACAAUUAAUGUUUUUGAAAGAAG